AUGUCUAAGACCCCAUGGGCAAUAUGUUGCUCAAGCACUGCCGAGGGGGUCAUAGCUACCGCGACCACUCAGAAAGCGGCUCUGGAUGCUGCGAUCGAUGCCGCCGAGCACUACAUGAAAGCCUUGCGCCUGGCACCCGCAGACGAUAAGAAGCAACUCGACUCCAAAUGCAAAGAACUUCUGACCCGAGCCGAGAGGAUCAAAGCCGCUGCCGAUUGGCAAUCGGUUGCUCGGCAAAUAAAUACCAGCUUGCGGCUCCCCGCAUCCAAGCGAAAGCUCACCACGCGUGAAGAGAUCAUCAUUCUCGAGGGUGCUAAACUAAACGGCUUCAUAUUUCCGCCGUGGAAUCGCGCCCCUCUGCCUUCAGAGUUCGCUACCAUUGAUGGCCAGCCUUUCACGGAUGCACCAGAUCUCCGCAUAUCUGAAUUGCAGGGCGAUAUUUUUGCGGGAUGGAGACGCCCUUCGGACUUGCUGCGGGCGAGGAAGUUGGACUGGACCCCCGACGAGCAGCCGUUGGUCUCGGUGACAGGGCGAACCGACCUCGUGCAAGAUGUGUUGACCGACUGCUCGGUAGUUGCUAGCCUUUGCGCGACUACCUCCAGAUCCGAACGUGGGUUGGCAAAGCAUGCCUCGCCGGCAAUGUAUCCAUGUGCGGAGAGUCCCGAGGAACCGACUUUGUCACCUUCAGGGAAAUACAUUUUCUCCUUCUACUUCAACGGAUGCUUUCGAAAAGUGGUCAUAGACGACCGUCUGCCAUCUUCCAAGACGGCACGGUCGCUCCAUGUGAUUGACCGCAACCAUCCUAAUUUCUUAUGGCCUGCCCUAGUCGAGAAGGCGUACUUGAAAGUUCGCGGUGGCUAUGACUUCCCGGGAAGUAACUCGGGAACAGACUUAUGGGUCCUCACUGGCUGGAUUCCAGAGCAAGUCUUCUUACAUAACGACGAUACCACCUCGGACGAGAUCUGGGGACGAUUGUUCAAGGCCUUCUCAUAUGGCGAUGUGGUUCUGACGAUCGGAACUGGCAAGCUGACAGAGCUCGAACAACAAGGCUUGGGCUUGGUAAGUGAGCAUGACUACGCGAUCCUAGACAUGAAGGAAAUCAACGGGCGUCGCCAAUGUCUUCUGAAAAAUCCUUGGGCUGGCGCAGAGCCAAAGAUCAUGCAGAAUCGUGCAACUGAGCACGAUCAUGAUGCACCAUCUCUUUCUCCAGGAGUCUUCUGGAUGGAUUGCGAGCAGGUCUUGCAAAAUUUCGAGCACCUUUAUCUCAACUGGAAUCCGGGUCUGUUCAAGUACCGCGAGGAUAUUCACUUCACGUGGGACUUAUCUCAUGGCCGCGUUAUUGCGGGAUGCUUCGUGAAGAACCCGCAGUUCUCUGUCCGUAGUGAACUGGGAGGAACUGUCUGGCUGUUGCUGGGCAAACACUUCAAGACGGAUCACCAUUACUACUUGAAAAACCACGGACCAGAGGCUGGAGUGCUUGGAUUCAUCAGCAUCUACAUAUUCCAAGCAGACGGCAAACGGGUUUCUCUGAGUGAUGGUGCCCUACAUCGGGGACCUUAUGUGGAUUCUCCCAACACUCUCAUGAGACUUGAGAUGCCCCCACGGACAACCUACACGGCUGUGAUCUCAGAACAAUCCCUCCCAUCAUCCAGUCAGAAUUUCACCCUCUCCGCAUUUUCGACUUCUCCAGUGUCCCUAGCUCCUUCCCUUGACAGCUACCUUUGCUUGAGCAAAGCCAGUGGUUCGUGGACCGCUCUGACUGCCGGCGGGAACGCAGAGUCAGCCCGGUAUUCAUCCAACCCGCAGUUCAGCCUUCAAGUUUCCGAAAAGACCGAUGUUUCCAUUCUACUUGAAUCCACAGAAGCCGAGCUUGCAACUCAUGUGAAGCUUUUCUGGUCUAAUGGCCAGCGCAUUGCCAGGGUACGAAGCAGAGAUAUCAUCGCAGAUAGUGGCGACUACCGUCGAGGAUGCGCUCUGGCAGAGGCCCGAUCUCUUGAUAAGGGGGUGUAUACUAUCGUCUGCUCUACAUUCGCCCCUGACCAAAUUGGUCGCUUUACGCUCUGGAUUUCCUCUACGAUUCCGUGUGUGGUGCGACCAUUAGCUUCCGAGUCUGCAGGCCGUCGAGUCACCCUAUCUGGAGUGGGCAUCCUACCACCCGGAAAAGACCGGAUGCUAGCUCCCUUGCAAAUAUCUCGCCUCACACGCAUCAAGCUUAUAGCCCGGAAUAAGUCAUCCAUGAUCGGCUCUCGGACUGUAGCCUCGUCCCCCGUGUUGAUGACCGUGGAGUUGGGACAGGGACCGUAUAAGAAGACUCUCGCCGUUUCGGAAGAUGGAUCACAUUGUGAUUCCCCGUCGGGAGUCCGAGUGGAUGAUUUUGACUUGUCACCGAGUCUGGAUUCACAGGGCCAAAUAUGGAUUGUUAUUGAGCGUAUAGGUGGGCCAGGUGGACAAGUAGAAGACCAUUUCGAGGUUGAGGCUUUAGCAGAGGAGCGUGUGGACAUUGGAGAGUGGAUUCUUGAAGACGCAUAA